CGAGUAAGCAAUUUUCAAUGAUUAUCCUAAGAUAGUUCUAAAAAUGAAUAUUCUUACAAAGGAGAAAUGAGUCCAUCGAAAUCUAAAGCAUCAGAGAAGCGCUUCCAACAUCGGGAAAACUCAUAUAAAACGUCUCAAACAAGUAUCACAGAGGAUGAGAAGAAUUCACAAAGAAUGACAAGGGCAGGCUCUAGUGACCAAGAAAAAAUAUUGUUCGAUGCAAUGAAGGGAGAGUAUUAUUCCCAACUCAAUAGUAAAUAAUACUUCUCCUGUGAAAGAAUCAAUUGAUAAUACUAAUCAGGUUUCUUCAAAAUUCUCGAUAAAUCUACAUUCUCUGAAUCAUACUGAACAGAAUGAAGAGGAAAAGAUCCCUUAUAUCUGCCCAGGAAGUGUGAAGGAAAUCAACAAAUCCUCUAUAUCUAACUCCUAUAUAAAGGACGGAUUAUUCAAGAUAACUAAUCAAUACGAAUCAUUUGAGGUAUCGAUGACUAAACCAAAGAAAGAGUUUAAGUAAAACAAAAUUGGACCAAAAGGUAAUCUGUGAUACUCCUCCAAGUAUACAAGAAACUCCGACUCAUAGUAAAAUUAGGAGUCAGAGGACCCUUGACUUCAAGUCCAAUCAGAGCCAUUGCAAGCAGGCUAAAGUCUAUCACACAUCUUCUCAAAUAGGUGAGAGCAGCUCUAGAAUUUCUACGAAGGAUAACCUACAUAAGAGACUCAAGAAGCAUCUGGGAUACUUCGGAGGAAAUAUUAAAACCAGAUUGCUAGGUAGUUCUAGUUAUACUAAGUCUAAUAUCGCUGAUAGUAGUGUAAAGACACCUCACGUUAAUCAUUUUGGGCCUGAGAAGUUUAAAAGCCCAAGAAGUUCCAAACAGAAGAGGAAAAUGCGCAAUUAUAACACUACUAAGAAGAAGGUUCUGCUUCUUCCAGACUAUACUUCUGAAAGUAGUCUGUUAGUAAGAACACUAAACAAGAAAAGAAAAAUGAAAAAUUUAAAGUAGAUUUUGAUAAAUAUUAA